AUGCCGCACCCGCUCUUGCACCUGCUAGGAGUCUGGCUGCUACUGAACCAGCUUCCCAGAGAGCUUUCCGCCCACGGGUCCAACAUUGUGAAGCUAUGUGGCCGAGAAUUAGCCCGUGCACGGAUAGAAAUCUGCGGCCAGAUCAACUGGGGAAAGGGUCCCGACGAGGACACACCACCAGUGGUAUCAGACACUGUAUCAUCCUCCAUCAAUGAAGACACAAAAACCUUAAAUAUGAUCUCCGAAUUCACUCCUAAUUUUCAAAAGAAGGUGGCUGCAAAUGAAGGACUUGUGAAAAUCAUCCAGAAAAGACAAAGUCAAACAGAAGACAACAGCCGUCCAGAAUUAAAAAACUUAGGCCUGGACAGACAUUCCAUAAAAAAAAGAACGGAAGGUAUACAACUGAGUAACAAGUGUUGUUUUCAAGGUUGUACCAUAAAAGAACUUGCGAGAGGAUGCUGA